AAUUGUCAAUAAUUGUCAUCACGUUCAAUGAAUUUGAAACAUUGUUACAUACAUUUUUUUCUGAAAAUGUCCUUAAGAUAAUUAAAUGUAAUACGAGAGCCUCAAGUUGUUAUUUUGCAUACGGAUUUCAGUUUACUGUUCACACCGAAAUGGCUAAUGAAAGCGAUGUUAAGUCAAUAAUGACUUUUUCUACUAAGUCUGAAGCAAGCACAGCGCUUCAGAACAUAAGUCGUUGGAAGAAUGCACCUCUCCAUGAACGUUGUACCAUUACAGACAUGUUGAAAAUAAAAGAAGCAUUUCAAGCAAAUAUGAAUAAAAUGCUUCCGAAUGAAUUUAGAAAUUUGUUAAGAACGUUACUCAACGUUGAAUAUGACGACGACGAUUAUAAAAUAUUGUUUAUGAAAAUAAACACAAAUCGAACCGGUGAUAUAGAAUGGGACGAUUUAGUCUCCCAUCUACUGCUGGGGUACUUCGCGAGUGGUGCAGAGGAGCAGCGCGAAUCCCUACAGCCGCCUAUCAUGGGUCUACCCACCGUCAUGCGCUCGCAACACCGACACCCUGUUUCGAGGAUAUGUUUCUGUCCUGAUGUUGCAAAGGAUCGAAGCACGGACCCGAUGCAGGGCACGUACAUAACGGCCAGUCGCGACGGCAUGAUCAACUGGUGGUCGCUCGACAUGGUGCUUCUCAGAACUGCCUUCUCUUCUAGCCCUCAUCUAAAAGUCCGCAUAACGUGGGUAACGGACUUGGUGUGUAUGCCAGAUGUAAACAUCAUAGUGACAAGCUCCACGGAACGAGACCUUCGUUUCUAUGACUGCACAGCCAAGACCUUCACGCUGAAGAUUGUCAUCACUAGUUGGGAGUUCAUGAUUUGCACAAUGUACUACCACUUCCACAAGGAUAUAAACGAGAAGUGCCUCCUGAUCUGUGGCGACGUGGGCGGCAACGUCCGAGUGCUGAUGUUUUCACCGAUCAAACGCGGACCGUUCCAGAACCAGCCGGGGAAGGCGCUCAUACAGCUCCGACAUGUAGAUUUGCAGCGUAAGCCUCAACUGCUGCCAGCAAUGCAGCUAGUGGAACUGACCAGGGUUCACAGCGAUUGGGUUCGUCAAGUGUCGUACUACGAGUCCUUGCACUGUGUGGUGUCGUGCUCCACGUGUGUCGACUCCUUACUCAUGUGUGACAUCGCUGGCUCUAAAACUCAUAACAUGUUUAAAGUUGAAAAGGGCAUUCAAUGCUUCGCGUUCGACGAAGCCGCUCAUGUACUGGUAACGGGUGGUCCGGAUUGUGCAGUUCGAGUGUGGAAUCCUUUCGUUCCCAGUAAAUGUAAUGCAAUUCUGUUGGGCCACCACGCCGCCGUCACCAACAUCGUGCUGCAGAACAACGGUCAAACCGUCUACUCCCUCUCCAGAGACAGAAUUAUCAAAGUCUGGGAUGUACACGGACAAGUCUGCAUACAAACGUACAUCGACGUGCCAGCACAAGUGGGCGAGCGCACGCCCAUCACGGCGGUGUACAACCCGGUCAGCCGCGAGUACAUCCUCGCAGCCAUGAAGGUGGCCGUGCUCGUGCUGGACGAGCAGCUCAACCCGGCGCACACCGACGGCUUCACGCACUCGAGGGCCGUGGCCGAGGUGCUGUACAACCCGCUCUUCAAGGUCAUCAUCACUUGUGGAAUGGACAGCAUUAUUAUCAACUGGGAUCCAGCGACGGGAAAGCGAAACACUCUGAUCCGGGAUGCUCACACCCGUCUGCUCCAUGGAGAGUUGAUUCCAGUGGAAAUCACUGCAGCAUGCUUCGACCCUGGAUACCAACUCCUAUUGACGGGAGCCAGAAAUGGGUCGCUCAAGGUGUGGAACUUCAACACUGGAAUAUGUUUGAGGACCAUGAGUAUCGAACAUAUGUGCGAAGUGACCAGCUGCUUUUGGGUUGAAGGAAGGAUCUUGGCAGUGGGCUGGAAUCGUCACGUGACAGAGUUCGAAGAGACUGGCACCGGCAGCACCGGCAAGAGUUGGGAAACGCGGCACAGCGACGACGUGUUGGCUGCUGCAGCUCGACCUCCCCUGGCGCUUGCUACUGCUUCCUACAACUCUGAACUAUUGCUGUGGAAGCUGGAGACUGGACAGCCCUAUCGACGUUUUUCAUGCACGGAACCAACCCUUCGAAUCAAGAUGCAGUACUCCAAGCGUGAAGCUCGUGCCUCCUCCUCAGCCCAGUCCUCAUCGCCUGCUUCAAGACGGGCUUCUUCUAUGAGAAGACCCAGCAUGGUUGAACGUGAGUCCGUGAGUGCGUCGACAGCGAUGCGUAAGGCCUACGCUCGCAGAGUGUCGACUGUGUCUCUACCGGCCCGAGCCCAGCACAUGCGACAGUUGGCUGUUCAUGCAAUCAUCUUUUUACUCACCAGACCAUGCUCCAUGAACGUUGCAUCUCUAAUGCUCUCUCUGGAGAACGGUCAGGUCCAAGGUUGGUCGGAUCAUUCAGCCGGCGGAUACCAAGGCUCGUUCCAGGCCAUUCACACGGCUGGAGACUAUGUGUCGGCAUUCGCUACCGACACGAACAAUGACUAUCUCUUCACCGGUACCACAAUCGGGUAUAUCAAGGUUUGGCUCAUGAGAAACUAUCUGCGGAACGAAGAGGUCCACAUCUGUAUGCCGAAGCUACGUUUAGAGUUUCCGUUUCUAUGGCGGGACCGGCUGGAGGGCCGCGCCAAGCGCUGCGUCCGCCAGCAGCCGCUCCCGCUGUUGCUCAACAGCUACCGCGCACACCUGCGCUGCGUCACGACCCUCGCUUAUGUCGACGAACUCAAACUGUUGUUCAGUUUUCCGAUGGCCCACUCGUGCCUAAGAGGACCGUGGGACAUUAUGUGGUGGUCUGUAAGUCGUAGUUCUCUGCUAUGGCUUCCAGCGGUAGCUCGGACUACAGCGUGCGAGUGUGGCGCCUGUCCGGUGAAUACUUGCACACGCUGGGCAGCUUCUUGCCCUGGAGUCUCGACCUUACAAGGUUCCCGCCUGACGUCAAGAAAGUUGCGAGUUUUACGACUUUUAAGGUGUGGCGCGGGGGCUACGUCUCCCGCUACGUGCCGGGGCAGGUGGAGGAGGACAAGCUGCGCGACAUCACCGAGCAGGAGCUGUGCCGGACGUACGGAGCCCCGCCCUCCGAGCCGCUACUCGGAAACUACUUCCACCUACCCUCGAGACCAGAUCGGCAGGAUCCUAUUGUUCUCGAUGACUCCCUGCCAACUAUCCCGGUGUACAGCGCGCUGCGCAUGGCGUCUAGCCAGCCCGUGCGGCGCGCCCGCACGCCGCCGCUCGUGCAGGCCCGGCGCACGCGGCUCCUCGGCACGCGUCGCACGCACUUCCAGCACGACCCACACCAACAUUGAACUACACUCACUUUAAAUAACACCCAAUUCUAAUUCAUUUGUAAUUUUAUACGUAAUAAAUACUGCAGCUCA